AUGGCGUCCUCCACAUCCAUAGAUGCGCUAGCAAGCGCCAUAGUUGCGCGAUUCCUGCGAACUUACAAUUAUACAGAGACCCUCCAGGCCUUUGUUCGCGAGGCAGAUCUUCCGUUGGACGUGGGGCAAGCUUCUGGUGACGACACGCACAAUUUGACCAUCCAGAGCUUAUUGGAAGAGAAGAGGACAUUCGAUCAGACCGUUAACUUUGAGAGAUAUGGCAAUGAUGGUAAAGAGAAUGAAGGUUGGAGUAUUCCUGCACCUUCAAAACCAACAGUGAUCCAGACACCGACAUCGUCGAAUAUUCUCUCGGCAUCAGUAGAGCUAUGGAAUAGAUCAAGCUCUGAGGCAGACGCACCUGAUCCGGCAAAGCCGUUGAUUCUUUCGACCAGCGCUGAUAGACAGGCACAUUUAUUCGAGACGGCGUCGGAGCAUGCUUCUCUUGCCUCCCUGUCUGGCUUGUUUGAUUCACCUGUACUCUCGUAUGUGUCAAUCCUUCAGGGCCGAUACAUCCUGAUGGCAAACAUGGCCGGCAACCUUCUGCUUCAGCAAGGAACUCGCGUCCUAGAUACUAGGAAGGACCAUGCCAAAUACGUGGUCAAGGUUGUUGCCCAUGAGGAUCAAAGCCCGUCCAGCACAUCACCGGCAUACUGGGUUGCCACCGCUGGCUGGGAUGCAACUGUUUUCUUAUACCGUAUCGAAAUCCCAGAGAACGCUCCACCGGUCAUCGGAGAGCCUGUCGCGCACAUCAAGCUGGCUACCAAUCCUGAAUCGCUACUGUUCGUCCCUCAUGUCGAUUCUGGCGAGCUAUUCCUGCUCGUCUCGCGCCGGGACUCGACUUACAUAUACUACCACGAAGUUACAUCUUCCAAUUCUGAAUCUCGCCUUCUAGGAAAACAGAAUCUAGCCCCUCACUCCAAUGCUUGGGUUGCAUUCUCUCCAGCGUGCAUGGCGCUUAGCCCCCAUGACCCUGGCUUACUAGCUGUUGCCACUUCAACCUUGCCGCACUUAAAAGUGAUUAUUGUGCGUCUAUUGUUUCCGUCUGUCGAGUCCCUUGGCGAAUCCGACCCUGCAGAUGCUGCAGUGACGCAGGCCUCCCAGGCUCUUGCAGCUUUGGCGCUUUCGAAUCGCGAGGACGCGGCUAUCUUGCUUCAGGCGAAUACCUUUGCGUCGCAGACGGCGUACUCGACUCCACAGGUUGUGUGGAGACCUGAUGGGUCGGGAGUUUGGGUCAAUGGGGACGAUGGACUGGUGCGGGGAAUUGAGACGAAGACCGGCAAGCUGGUGGCUACAUUGAAAGAUGGCCAUGAGAUUGGCUGUAAAGUGCGGAGUAUUUGGGCGGGUUAUGUGGAUUUGCCUGGUGAAGAUGAGAGCUCGAUCCAAGAAGAAUGGGUGAUUAGUGGUGGAUUUGAUAAAAGGUUGAUUGUAUGGAAAGUGUGA